AUGUAUCCUGUGAUAACACCACAGACGCAACAACCAACAGUGUCCAUACCACCGCAAUCAAAACAACAAGAACGCCUAGAAAAAGGAAUAAAAUACUUUUCAUCCAAAAUGUUUCUAGUUCAAUUGGUCUUAGCUGUUGUUUUCUCUGUAAUAGAAAUCAGUUAUGGUGGACAAUACAUUCGUCAAUGUCCAAUCUCGCUAUACAUUCCUGUAUUUCUUCUCGUUCAUGGAUCAACAAAAAUCGUCUGGGCAGCAUGUGGCGUCGUAGCUUAUAUUGAAGCAAAAUUCUUUUCAAAUUCACCUAACAUACGUAUACUAAUGUUAAUUAAUCUCGUUAUCCAAUUAGUAUUUCUAUUAUUUUUUCUUGCAUGGUUUAUUCUCGGCAAUGUAUGGGUUUGGUCUGUUAAAGCAACAGUACAGACGGAUCCAAAUGUGCCAGCGACCUACUGUCAGAAUACACUCUAUGCUGCAGCACAAAGUCUCAUUAUUUCAACUUAUGUCGUUGUUGGCAUAAUUAUACUUAUAACAAUUAAGCGACGUACAAUUGGAAAAGCGUUACCUUUUAAGCGAACGAAUAGAACACAUGGUAGAAGAUCUCAACAAAAUGAUGGAAAUAUCAGUUAG